UGAAAAAUGGAGGCAGCAGCGGAUUCAGCGCCUUCGGAUGCGAUUAAGUUUUCUUGGACGUUUCAUGAUCUUCGGAGUAAUGUUAUAGGAAUCGUUAUUCUCUGCAUUGGUGUGGCGUUCAAUGUUAUUCAUAUCCAAAAAAAUGUUUCCGAGGAUGAAAAAAAGAAAUACAAAGGUCUCCGAAUUGGUCAGUAUUCCGUCUUCUUUGGUCCUCCAGGAUGUAUUCAGUGGUUUCCGUUCCGAAUUGUAAAGGAUAAAAACGCUCCGCCUACAGUUACACCAAAGGAAGUUUUUGUAAAACUCAUUGGCUCGUUCGUCCUUAUUCAAUGUUCUUUGGCUACGUUCAAUUUCGCGGUUUUUGGAAUUGUUUCCCUUGCCAUUAUGCUUUCUUGGAAAUUGUUUGAAUACAGUUCUGGCCUUUCACAAGCACCCAGCAGCACCGACAGCCAAGUCGAGUCCAAAAAGAAGCGUUAAAGCUAUUAUAGAACAGUUCGAUAGCAACAACAUAUACAACAUCGUGCUCGACGGCAUGUUCUCUUUGCAUUGGUGCUGAUUUCCUCUUCACUCUUUCAUAGAUAAUACAAAUUACUCGGUCUCCUUUCGUUUCUUGCGAUUGAUUAAAACAUUA